AUGUAGAUCUAAAUCUUAUUUUCUUAUAAUCAUAUAAUAUGUCUUACGGCGUGACCGUGUUUGAGGGCGAAGCAGAAAGUAUUAGUAUCUAUUAGAACCCAAGCUACGCAUUGUGUCGUUAUUUACUACUGUUAUCCAGUAAUAAGCUGUAUACGAGAAAACAUAUCUUGUCAAAUGAUUAUUUAUAUUAUUGCUUUGAUAUAAAAUCAUUCUCCCUUUUAAAUAUAUAGUAUGCACGAAGGUGAUAUUCAUAUUAUACUGUGACCUUGAAAUCGCCCCUAAUCUGAAUGACUGGUGCGUUUAAACAUAAAUAAUCUCAUAAUACUACAGAAACAGUGGCAAAGUUCAGGUUAAUCUGCUAUCAAAAACAAUAUGAAUUUUUCUGAUUUAUAAUCUAGAUAUAUUUAUGCGUUUGAAAAGUGUGGGGAGCAAUUUCUGUCUUUUGUAUUAACGGUAGAAUGUGGACAAUCCCGGUAAUUUGCUGAUGACUGUUGAUGUGUUGUUAAAUUAUAGCAUGUUUUUUUUUUUUUUUUUUUUUUUUUUUUUUUUUUUUUUGUUUAGCAUGUUUAGUUUUGUUCCCAACACUUUUCAGGUUAAGGAUUUUUAUUCUUUUCUGGGUAUAUCAAUAAACAUCCAGCUUUUUACCCGCAUGAACAAGUAGGGCCUCUUGCUGAUUUCCAAAAAUAAAGUGUUACGUGAUAUUCAACUGACGUACGUCAUGGGAAAUUUACGGUAGUCACAGUCAACAUAUGGGUAGCCCAAACUUCCACCAGAGUUCCUUUGCUCACAAACCAUCUAUUCGUAGGUGACGUAAUGAGGCCUCGACGGGGAGUUUGAUGGGUAGCCUGGUACCCGAGGCCUUCCGAUGGCCUCGGGUAAUAACAUUUGUGAUUUGAUUCUAACCUCAUAAUGACUUUACAAUAUUAAGAAAGUUAAUUCAGAAAUAUUUAUAAUAUAAUAUAUUUAUAAUAUAAUAACAGUCAAUUCAUUUUUCUUAUAAAUCGUUAUAUUGUAAAAAAAAUUAUCUUUGCAAAUUCCAUGGGGGGGAUCCGGACCCCCCCCCCCCCCCCGACCCCCCCCCCCCCCCCCCCUCUAGAUCCGCGCAUGCUUUGAAUAGAUAGGUUUGAAUUAUUUUUGACAGUGAAAAGAGGCGUUUCCUCUCAUUAGUUAAACCUUUUUGGUUGCGUAAGCGUCAAGCGUAUCAUCCGGAAAGUCUUGGGCUUUUUCCAACCAAAUGUUAUGGAUGGCGCGAGAAAUCCGGGUACUGUUUAGGGAUAGAAAGCCAAGGGUGAGAAAACAGAACGUUUACAGAAAUGUGACUAUAGAUAAAAUAAGAUAAGUUUUAUUUGGGCCCAGGUGACGUAACAGCAAGACAGUUUAUAAAGAAGGAAAUUUCAAAGAAGAAAGAAAGUUUACAACAUUAGCUACAGUCUAUUUCCCAAUAUGCUGACAACACAACUUUGGCUCUUGAUGGUUCACCAAAAUCUCUUUUUGCUGCACUUGUAGCAAUUAAAUCAUGUGAAGUUUUGAAAUAUGGCAGACUUUGGGAAAACUGGAAAACUAUCUGUAACCUAGAAUAAGAAGUAUUCAACCAAUAAUGCUGAACUAGUAGUGUGAAAGAGUGUGAGAUGGUGUGAUUAAUAUGUAUCUUCAUUACUAUUACUGAUGAUUAUGUGAAUAUGGAAAAAGAAUUAAUGUAAAAAAAAAAAACCCUUAUUUUUCCUGAUAUAUACUGUUACAGUACAUAUGAUAAAAAUUAUGAAUGACUAUUUAGUAAUAAAGAAAAAAUGUCUCUCGCUUGUUUGCAUCCCCAAUAUUAAGAAAUGAUCCCAUAUUGUCAUUGCUGUUACAUCCCCCCUUAAAUACACUGUACAGAGAAACAAGACAUUUCUACGUGUAUUUAUAUUUAUGUCAAGUAAUGCUGAAAAGUCAUAUGAUAUGUCACAGUGCAUAUAGAUAUAUACAUGUAUGUAUUGAGAAAUAGGAUACAAGGAAAGAAUAGGUUUCAUCACUGACAAAACAGUGAUGGAUAUAAAUGUACAUUUUGUUUGUUGUAUUUCAUGUGUAAAUCUUUGAUUUUAUAGUGCAUGUAGUAUUCAUGUGUACUUUGUGUUGAUUUUAGUUGGGUUUUUUUAUCAAUUGGUCUCCAACUCCAAAUGUCUUUGACAUCUGGUGUUUGACUAUUUUCUCUUACCUUCACAAAAUAAUUCAAAAUGUACGACACUUCCCAUAAACUACUGAUCAACCAUUAGAAAUGAAACCCGUGACAUGGACCUAGAUUCACAGGAGGGUGGUUGAUCAGCUGAAUUAUUGUCAUUAUAGAGGGAAAGGUGGUCAUUAAAAGAAGAAGAAAAAAUGUGUUGGCAAAUUUAGCUAGCCUCAGUGUCAAAUAUAAAAACCCACUCUUUGUAUCUGCCGUAUUUGAAGGUUGUUUUGUAAGUAUCAUCGGGCAUUCAAAAAAAUAGUUUUCAUGGCUUGUAUUACUGAAAGAUGUGGGAAGAGAUAAGGGGUAACACAAGUAUGGAAAGUAAAGUAGCCCGUCCCAGAUGUAAAUGAUCCAUUAAGACACCAUAUGAAACUACAGUCCUCUUAAUGCCAACAAAAUGAAGAAAGGACUAGGGAGUGACGGUGGCCAUUUCUGGUCCUAAAAUUAAGAUAUUCCUUAAUUAGUGUAAAAUUUUGUUGUAAUUUCCAUGUUGCAGUAACCAGGAACAGACAUUUUAGAGUUUUAAGUCUAUAUGGUUGAUUUCUGUUUUUGAUUUUGAUGCCACAAAGUUGGUGAAUUUUUAGAGUGUAUGUGAAAGUUAACUAAAUUGUAAACAUAUAACAAAGAUGGCAUGUUUAAGCCAAUUCAUGUGUCCACACUUUCUGAUCUACCAAAGUUUUAGAAAAACAGUGAGUUUUCGCUUGUUGAAGGAAAUUGUUUGUAACUAUGUACAUAACAUUUGAUAGAUUCAGGAUUUAAGAUUUGAUUAUGAAAUAACAUGAAGAGGCAGCCUAAUCAUCUAUUUAUUGAUAUUGUACAAUUAUCAAGAUUUCUGGUAUACGUGUAGUUUAAUGGUACCUAUGCUCCAAUGUUUGUUAGAUUCUAGUAAAAUAUCAAUACUGUGGUAUUCUAUGAAUAAGAUGUAGCAGAAAACUCUUAUGAAAUAUGGAUACAAAAAACUACGAUUGUAGGGGUAUAAAUGAAAGUAGUUUCAAAAUACAGCCUGUCUUUUUAAACGGUUUCUUUCCAAAACGAGCUAAGUAUGCAUAUCUAACUAUCCUCUAGUGUUUUGCACCUAUCUAGCAUAAUGAAUUUUACGUCCAUUAGGUCCUUAUUCCUGAAUCUAAAUUUGAUGAGCUCUUUCAAAACUUGCUUACACCAUUGUUUUCUUUCAGACCAUGUGUAGAAAUUAAGGCAAUCACAAUGCAUACAUUAUACAAAUAUUUAAAGGCCAAUGAUGUCCGAGAGUUAAAUUUGUGAAGAAUGAACUUAAAAUUCUGACCUAUUGCUUUCAAUAAGGUGAAAUGAAAUAGUUUACACUGCAUAAGUUAUUUUACAUGUAGAUGGCCAUUAUAGAUAUAUUUCUAAUCAUAUUAGUUUGGAUACAAAAAAAUCUUGAUUAUUUAGUACAAGUGUACCUUUAAAAUUUUCUGUCAGAAUUGGGGUCAAAUUACACUCUGUCCUGUACAAAGUUUGAACAUAAAAAUGUCUUUUGUUAAAGAUUUAUGACCAGCUUUAUACAUAAGUGAGUGGCCAACUUGGUAGAUAGGAUAAAAGGGAGGGAAGGAAAGACCCCGAAGAGGGGAUAGGAUAAAAGGGAAGGAAGGAAGGACCCCGAAGAGGGGAUAGGAUAAAAGGGAAGGAAGGACCCCAAAGAGGGGAUAGGGGUAAAAGGGAGGGAAGGAAGGACCCUGAAGAGGGGAUAGGAUAAAAGGGAGGGAAGGAAGGACCCUGAAGAAAGCAUAGGGUAAAAGAAGGGAAGGAAGGACCCUGAAAAGGGGAUAGGAUAAAAGGGAGGGAAAGAAGGACCCUGAAGAGAGGAUAAGGUAAAAGAAGGGAAGGAAGGACCCUGAAGAGAGGAUAAGGUAAAAGAAAGGAAGGAAGGACCCUGAAGAGAGGAUAGAAUAAAAGGGAGGGAAGGAAGGACCCUGAAGAGGGGGAGAACAUAGAAAACGAGGAAAUGCUAAAAGGGAGCGAGAGAAAAAUAGGGAUGGGAGACGAUAAGAGAUGGACCCUCUGUCCCUCAAUCUCAAGCCCCUCCCCUUCCACCCAUUGAGGUGUUUGGUAUAGAUAUAGAUCAUGCCAAAACUGACUCCAUGGUCUAUCAAUCCAUUCUCUAUCAAUCCAUUCUCCUGGCUAUUGAACUUACUCUGUGAUGUUUGUAGGUCACAAUCUAGAACAUACUAAUAAUAAACCUGUUAAAUGAUCAGGAGCUUCAGUUAUAUAAUGGAAGUAUAACUAGGGAGUGGUAUUCUUACAGUGAACAGAUGAUGAAACUGUCUAACUUUUCAGUACAGAGUGAACGCCCUUGAACCUAUCUCGACUGACGUACCAAUCGAAUCAUGGGGUUCUUCAGCCAGCUGUGGCUUCUGUCUUGGAAAAAUCUUACUCUGAGAAGGAGACAGAAGUUCCGGUUGGUGGCAGAGAUUGUGUUUCCUUUAGCACUAUUCAUCAUUUUAGUCAUUGUAAGAACAAGACCUAACCUGAAGAUCCCAAUGUCAGAGUGUCAUUAUGAUGGGAAUGCGAUGCCUAGUGCUGGUGCUCUCCCCUUUGUUCAGUCUUUUUUGUGUAAUUUUAACAAUCCGUGCCAUGCUACUGCAAGUGCAGACGAAACUCCAGGAACCAUUGGCAGUUUCGAUCAGUCCUUUUUAACUAGAGUUGUGAAAGAUCUCUCGAAAGUGUUGCAGGACAACUCGGUGAUAACUUUAGCUCAUGUCCUGCGAGAUUUUGAGUUUUAUACAGGAGUCUUAAACAACAUAGGCAGUGGAAACUCUACGGGGAAUAUUACCUUAGGAAGUUUAGUGGUGAAUCCUCAGCAAAUUAUCUCCGGUUUCCAAGACAAUGACACCAGGCAAGCCAUCAUUGAUCUUUUUGGAACUUCCAUCAAUAUUAACAUGUUGAAUUCGACACUUGUAAACGACAUCUUGGAAGACGUAGGGGUCUGUAGAGUGCCCAAUCUGAAUUCGACAGGCGUAAACCCAUCCACAAACCUGACCCUACUACAAGCCCAAUUCCGGAAUGUUAUCUGUGACCAGGAUCAAAUUUCUCAGAUUUUUAAUUUUACCUCGGAACCUGCUCGGGAUCUGGUAUCCAACCAGCUGUGUAAUUUAACAAAUCCGGAAAGUAUUGGUAACGUGAUUCAGUUACUGGAAGAACUACAGAGGACGGUGAAUGCCACAACUCUUUUUGAAGAGCUGCAGAGAUUUGCCUUGGCUAAUGCAGGCAGUUUAGGGGGAGGUGGAGGAAGUGGUCCAACAAUAGAUGCUAGCGCCUUACCUGCCUUGAUCAGAGCAUACCAGGAUAUCCAGCAGUUGUCCAGCGUAGGUGACCUGGUCAAUGAGUUCCAGAGAUUGAUACAGGACGUGUCUUUGGGGUCAGGAAUGGACCUGGGGUCAAUGGUGUGUGGGCGCAGUAACUCCGUGCUUGGAGCGAGUGGUACAAGUCUGCUGGCUGGUUUGGGAGGUUUACUGACCACCGGGGGCGUGCAGACGGGGGGCAGUGUGGAGACUGGGAACAACACAUACAAUGCCACUGCCAAUGUUACGGUUGGACAGUCAGGUGGUGUCUGUGACACGAUCACAAAAAUGAUGUACAGUAGCCGCACCACUCGAGUCCUGUGGAAGCAGAUUCUACCAAUGUUACAGGGAGAGAUUCUGUAUUACCCAGAUACUCCUGCAGUCAGAAAAAUUAUCAAAGAGGCCAACCAGACAUUCGAGGAGUUUGCCAAUGUGAUAAAUCUGGCCAGGAACUUCAGCCAGGAUUACUACUUUGACUUGUAUAACUACCUGAAUAACAGCGCGAACAUUGAAUUCCUUCGGACUUUGACUGGUUCCUGUCUCUGUGACUUAGCUUUUGACCAGCUAAGGAGUACAUCCAAUAUCUCCUCGAACUACAGUGCCUGUUCGUCGUUGAAUGCCUUCUUAAACAACGGCAACUCGACAGGUUACGAUUGGAGAAAUGCCAUCAAUGCCACUAGAUCGUUGGCACUGGGCAUUGCAGAAUUUGGAGGGUGCUUCAACCUGAACAAGUUUAAAGGUUACAAAAAUCAGAGGCAGAUGAUCAAUGAUGGAGUGAAAAAGAUUGAAGAUUUGGAUUUUUGGGCAGCCUUGGAGUUUCAAGUUUCUGAUAAUGAUCAGGACCCCCUCCCAACCCAUGUGAAGUACUCCAUUAGAAUGGACACUGCCAAAGUCGACAGUACAACAAGAAUCCAGGACAAAUACUGGCGACCUGGUCCCAGGUCUACUGCUGGAAUUGACACAAAAUACAUCACUUACGGCUUUGCUUACAUUCAGGACAUGAUUGACCAUGCGAUCAUUAAUAUCCAGACUAACAAGCAGGUGAACAUCGGAGUGGAAACACAGCAGUUCCCCUAUCCAUGUUAUACCAGAGACAGGUUUAUUUACGCUAUAUCCCGCUCCUUGCCGCUGUUCCUGGUGCUGGCCUGGGUCCUGUCUGUCGCCAUGAUCUGUAAGAGCAUUGUCUACGAGAAGGAGAACCGCCUGAAGGAAGUAAUGAAGAUUAUGGGGCUCAGUAACGCGGUGCAUUGGGUGGCUUGGUUCAUCAACUCCUUUGUUAUGAUGUUCAUCACCAUUCUGAUUCUCACGAUCAUCCUCAAGGCUGGCAGGGUCCUGGAGCACUCUGAUCCGGGUGUUAUCAUCGUGUUCCUCACUGCAUUUGCCAUCUCUACCAUCAUGCAGUGCUUCCUGUACAGCACAUUCUUUAACCGGGCGAACCUGGCCGCCUGUGUGGCUGGCUUCCUGUACUUCAUCAUGUACCUGCCCUACACGCUGGCUGUUCAGUGGGAGGACUUCAUGACCACAGGACAUAAAGUUCUGUCUUGCUUUUCUUCUGGUGUGGCUUUUGGCUGGGGCUGUAAUUAUUUAGCCACUUACGAGGAACAGGCGAUUGGCAUACAAUGGUCCAACAUUGCCACCAGUCCCAUAGUGGACGAUGAAUUUAACAUGCUGUCCUGUAUCUUUAUGAUGCUGUUUGAUGCUGUGAUUUAUGGAAUUUUCACGUGGUACAUCGAGGCAGUCUUUCCAGGUCAAUAUGGAAUUGCCAGAAAGUUCUAUUUCCCAUUCCAAAAAUCUUACUGGUGUGGUGUCUCCAGUACCAAGGCAGAGGGCAGGGCCUACUUGUCUAACACACCAGAUGUAGAACUCGGAAAUGGUGGAAUCCCACUGUUGCAAAUUAAUAAAGAUGCCAAUUUGGAAGCUGAGCCUAAAAAUAGAAAAUUGGGAGUCUCCAUAAAGAACCUGAGGAAGGUGUACAAACAAGGAAAGAAGCUAGCUGUAGACAACCUCAGCAUCAACUUCUACGAGGGACAGAUCACGUCAUUUCUGGGACACAAUGGGGCUGGCAAAACCACCACCAUGUCUAUUUUGACUGGUUUAUUUGAGCCCACAGAUGGAACAGCUUACAUAUAUGGCUAUGACAUUCGAUCCGAGAUGGACAACAUUAGGAAGGGUCUGGGGAUGUGUCCUCAGCAUAAUGUCCUGUUCGAUGGACUGACUGUGGAGGAACACCUUUGGUUUUUUGCCCGUCUGAGAGGGUUGGAGGAUGAUAAAGUGAAGGCUGAGAUGGAACACAUGAUUAAAGAUGUUGGUUUGCCUCACAAGAGGAAGGAGCUGUCAUCUUCAUUGUCAGGUGGUAUGAAGAGAAAGCUGUCUGUGGCCAUUGCCUUCUGUGGAAAUGCUAAGACAGUCAUUCUGGAUGAACCGACGGCUGGAGUGGAUCCGUACGCUCGCCGAUCAAUCUGGGAACUACUCAUUAAGCUGAAGAAAAAGAGAACCAUCAUCCUAUCCACACACCACAUGGAUGAAGCUGAUGUUCUAGGAGACCGCAUUGCAAUCAUCUCACACGGAAAACUCUGUUGUUGUGGCUCCAGUCUCUAUUUGAAAUCUCAGUAUGGCAGUGGCUUCUACCUGACUCUGGUACGAGGAAAGGAGGGGGAGUGUGAGAAAGACAUGGACUCAGAUGAUGACUCGGAUGAUGAUUAUCCAGAUGAUACAUUGUCUUUGGAUUCCAGACCUAGCACCGUAUCCAGUAUCCGAACUGUGCGAGCCGUCAAGGCCACACUCAAAGAGCAAGAAGAUGAAGGAUAUGAUGAGAAUUCCAAGAGCGACUCAGGAAGUGAUCCUCCAUCCAAACCAUCAACUCCACCACCAGAGGGAGCCUUCAUGAUUCCAGGUUUCUCCAUCGAUCGCCUUGGUGCAUUUAUCAAGAGGCAUGUCAAACUUGCCUAUCUGAUUGAGGAGACCACCACAGAAAUGGUGUACCAGCUCCCUGACGAUGAAGCGGAACUCAAAAAAUUUGAGAGUUUGUUUAUUGACCUUGAAAAGAAUCACAAAAGUCUUGGAAUAUCCAGUUUUGGAAUUUCUGAUACCAGCUUAGAAGAGGUGUUCUUGAAAGUUGCUGAGCAGGCAGCAGAUGCUGAAAUGCCAGAUGAAGUGCGGCGAAGUAGACUGGAGGACCUGACUGAUAGUGGUAGAUUCGCUCGUCCUGUGAGUAGGCUCAGCUUUAGGAGAAAGAAGAAGAAGUCCUUCCUUAAAAGUCUGGCCAGCAGGAAAAGGUUUGGCAGGAUUGACUCUGAAGAGCUCAUCAGCGACACAGAAUCAAUAGCCUCGGAAGCGAUUAGUGAGGCCCCCACCGAAGCUGGAUUCAGAAUGGAUGACUACAAGAAAGUGAAUGGAAAGUUCCUUUUCCUCAGGCAGUUCCAGGCUCAGUUCAUCAAACGAUUCCACCAUCUCAGACGAUCCAAAAAAGGCUUCUUCUUUGAGGUUAUCAUGCCCGCAUUGUUUGUGCUGCUGGCCAUGGUAUUUUCGGAGAUCAGACCACCAGAUAAUGAACAGCCACCUUUGGAACUUCAGCCCUGGAGAUACGUCCCUAAGAAGGGAGACAAACAUCUUUAUGUCUUUUACAGCAAUGAUGGAAAGGGUCAGGAUUGGUCAGAUAGCAUAGUACAAAGCCUAUUGACCAGACCAGGCAUCGGAAAUCGCUGUAUGAAUCCCAGUGUCUAUUCCAUCAAUGAUUACCCGUGUACAGGAGAGAACUCUAAUUGGGUGAACUUUCAUCCUAUCUAUGCCAACACCACCAUCGACUCCCCCAGCUGUUCCUGUGAUACAGGUUUCCAAAAAUGUCCCGCAGGUGCAGGUGGUCCGGAUCCCCCCCAAAAACUGUUACCUUCCUCCGACUACUUAUACAACAUGACGGGAAGAAACAUUAGCGAUUGGCUCGUCAAAACCAUAAAGAGAUAUCAGCGGCGGAGAUUUGGAGGCUUCUCCUUUGGAGAUGAGGAUCCCUUGGCAGCAUUUAAUGCUACAGAACUGAGGAUAGUCUUAGAUGAAUUGUUUACAGUGCUGAACAAUGGAACUUCGGUGACGUCACUCAAUGAAAGUGUUCUGACACAAACACUAGAGGGAUUAGCAACUCAGAGAGUUAACAAGGUGUGGUACAACAACAAAGGCUGGUUUGCAGUGGUGGCCUACAUGAGUGCCAUGAAUAACCUUAUUCUGCGGAGUAACCUUGACCCCUCACUUGACCCCACUCGUUACGGAAUCACCACCGUCAAUCACCCCAUGGAGCUCACCAAAGCUCAGCUCACCGAGAAGCUUCUGUACCAGGCUGCCUUAGACGUUGUGAUAGCUAUUUGUGUUAUAUUUGCCAUGUCCUUUGUGCCGGCGAGUUUUACCAUGGUCCUCAUUGAAGAGAGAGCUUCCAAUUCCAAACAUCUGCAGUUCGUCAGUGGAGUCAAUCCUAUCAUUUACUGGCUGUCCAACUUCCUGUGGGACAUGAUCAACUACCUGAUGCCCUGCUUGAUAUGCAUUAUAAUAUUUGUGGCCUUUGACAACCAGUCCUACGUGGGGCCAAACAACUGGCCAUGUUUAGUGUUGUUAAUGUUUCUGUACGGGUGGGCCAUGAUUCCAUUGAUGUAUCCAUUCUCCCGCCUGUUCAGUAUUCCCAGCACCUCCAUGGUGGUUCUACAGUCUGUUAAUGUCUUCCUGGGCACCACUGCCACUCUGGCCACUUAUGUCAUUGAGUUCCUGCAGGCUGAUGAUGAGGAGCUGAAAAACAUUAACGAUAUCCUGAAGCGUGUGUUUCUUCUGCUGCCCCAGUAUGGUUUGGGGAGGGGACUGAUGGACAUGGCCUACAAUCAGAGGGUCACCGAUACUGCUGCUCUCCUGGGGGAAGAAAUAUACACCGAUCCAUUUGAAUUUGAGCAAGUCGGACGAAACCUGCUGACCAUGUUUUGCAUUGGCAUUCUGUUUUUCACUCUUAACUUACUGAUUGAAUACAACUUCUUUAUAAAACGAGGGAUGUGUUUCUGGUCCCCGAAACCUACCCACACACCUCUGGAUGAUGAAGAUGAGGACGUGGCAGCUGAGAGGAAGAGGAUUCUCUCAGGAGAGGGAAAAGAUGACAUCCUUAGACUGCAGAACCUCACUAAGGUGUAUCGUUUGUUUGGUAAGAAGGGGCGGAACACAGCAGUGGACAGGCUAUGUGUGGGGGUCCCUAAGGGGCAGUGCUUUGGUUUACUGGGAGUGAAUGGAGCUGGGAAGACAACUACAUUUAAGAUGCUUACAGGGGAUAUCUUUGUAACAGAAGGAAACGCCUUCCUCAACAACAACAGCAUCCUGUCGGAUAUGGUACAGGUUCGCAGAGACAUUGGAUAUUGUCCCCAGUUUGAUGCAUUUGACCCCCUGCUGACAGGAAGAGAGAUCCUUCGAUUUUACGCAAGACUGAGAGGAGUGCAGGAGAAGGAUAUCAAAAGGGUAUCGGAAUGGGCCAUAAGAAAACUAGAACUGCGAAUUUAUGCUGAUAAACUGUCUGGAAGUUACUCGGGUGGAAACAAAAGGAAGCUCUCCACUGCCAUAUCCCUGAUUGGAAAUCCACAGAUCAUUUUCCUGGAUGAGCCCACCACAGGAAUGGACCCUAGGGCACGAAGAUUCUUAUGGAACUGUAUCAAGAACAUCAUUAAAGAUGGGCGCUCAGUCAUCCUCACCUCUCACAGUAUGGAAGAAUGCGAGGCUCUCUGUGGCAGGCUGGCCAUAAUGGUGAAUGGAACAUUCCGUUGUCUUGGUAGCACUCAGCAUCUCAAAAACAGAUUUGGUGAUGGCUACACCAUAAUAGUCCGGGUAGCCGGUGAGAAUCCAGACAUGGCUGGUGUUGAGGAAUUCAUCACUACCACAUUCCGUGGAUCGGAACUAUUGGAGGCCCACCAUAACAUGUUGCAGUACCAGCUGAAGUCCCGGGUCAAACUGUCCUACAUAUUUGGACAGCUAGAAAAGGUCAAGUCCAGACUCAAUAUUGAGGACUACUCAGUCUCGCAGACUACACUGGACCAGGUGUUUAUAAACUUUGCCAAAGAUCAAACAGAUUUGUUGGAUGAUGAAAUUCCUGUUAAAUCAGAAAAAAAGAAAUCUAGUAUCAGAAAAGGUAAUGGAAUAUUUCCUAUUGGUGGGACCUCGGGAUACACAGACAUAGACAAUGAUAGUAUUGCGGGCUCCAGUCUAGGAGGAUCAUUUUUAGAGCUCCGACAACCAAACAAAAGAUUCGGAGGGAACAUAGAUUCCAGUAAUUUGGCUUACACAGACGAGGAAAGCCUCACAGGAAGCACGGUGGACUUGAUUCGCCCCAGUAGUGCUAGAAGUAGUACCCGGAGCUCUAACACAAUGUCCAAUGUCCAAAUUUUCUGAACAGUGCACAAGAUGAUGCUGUCAUUGUGAAGCACAGUUAAAUACUUCAAGGGAAGGACCAGAAAUACUGAUAACUUGACAUAUCGGAAUGGAACAUAGAGCGCAUGAGGCUUGGAGGAAAUAGGACAAAUGUUCCUCAAUGUGAUAUUAAAAAAUGUUUUCUUACUUACAAGGUGACCAAUGCUGCAAUUGCUUUACAUCUAGACCUGAUCUGUGAUGUGUUGAAUUCUAAUUUUUUUUUUAAAUCACCUUUAGAAUGAUAUACACAGUAGUAUGUGAUUGUUGUACAACUUACGUUUUCUUUAGAUUUUCUUUACUUAAUGAAAUGUACCUCCUUUUUUUGUUUACACCCUGGUGUUUUGUAUUUUCCUGGUAUUUUGUGUACGUGAACACCGACAUGCUGGUAAUGUUAAUGUGUACAUGCGUGAAACUUACUCAGUACAUGUAAUUUGUUUUGUUUGUCAAUGAGAGAAUCUCAUAUUUUAUAUCCAGCAAAUGUGUUUUUUUCUUAAAAGAUUGUGAUUGAUGUUGUCCAUACUUCAGACAGUGUGAUGGUUUUACUUGUUUACGACAUCUGUCUUUCAUCUUUAACUUUCCGUAUGUAACCGGAUUCCCGUGUAUCAAUGUAGCACGUAAAAAUCAGGAAAUGUACAUACUUCAGUACUGUCAUCCUGGAUUCACUUAUUCCAAAAUUUGUAUUUUCAAAACUCUUUGUCUCUGAUACAUACACAGAUACCUGGGAGUGUCAUCUGAUAUCAUGGAGUAGUGGCAAGAUGUAGGACUUAUCCAUUCUUGAAUACAAAGCUGAAUGUUCAGAUCUCUACAGAGGCAUAGACAUUUUUUUUAAUUCACUUUAUUAAUUAUUGGCACUGUGGGGUUUUUUUAAAGGUCCAUGGAGAUCAUAGGAAAUAAAACUAAAAUAAUUCAAUCUUUUUUUGUAAAUGUAGUUGGGGAAUAUGAAUUUAACUGAAACUGAACUACAAUUUCAAAUUUUCAGGAUCUGAAGGUUGUACAACCUUAAACUAUAAAUUCAGGAAUCAACUCUAAAAUGUACUAAUUCUUCCUUGUCCCAGAAAACAGUGCAUCUUAUGAAUUGAAGAACAAUUUUAUUACAUCUAUUUGAUGAAUUGUUGAUUUGUCAUUAAAAAGAGGUUUACAGAAACAAAGUUUGAUAAUCGCUUGAUUAACAGGAAAUAAAUGAAAUUUGUUGUGUAGCUUUUUGGUAUGUGGUGGUUGUUAACGAUUAACCCAUAUAUGUAGGUUUCUUUUACAGAGAAAAUGUGCUGAAAGUCCUUUUGAAACAGCUUUCAACACUGACUUGCAAUUUCUUUAUUCAUCUUGCACACACAAGUUUCAUUUUAUAGUAAUGUAAAACCUUUUUUAAAAUAUCAGAACUUAACAUUUUUUAAGGACUUUCAACUGUGAUGUUCCCAAUGAAAACUUAAUGAAUAUGUGUUAAAAAAAAAGAAAAAGAAAUUGACAUAUUUCAACACAACAUCAGUAUCUAUCACAUGUACAUGAAUAUCCGGGAGCAUAGUUUGUUUUUGUUUGUGCUGAUCACAUUGCUUUUGUUUUGUUCAUGAUCAAUGAUUAAAUUUUUGUUAUAUUUGAAAAAAAAAUUUAUAAUAAAACAUGAUAUUACA